UUGUUAAGAACAUAACAGUUAUAACUUACUUCUCUUAUUUCUCUUUCAGGAGCGGCCUCGAAUCCUAUAGAGCAGAGUCAUCGGGGAAAAGAAUUUCCAAACAUGUUACAAAAGGAAACAGCCAAUGUCACAGUGGAUAAUAUUCUUAUUCCUGAACGUAAUGAAAAAGGAAUAUUGCUAAAAUCCUCCAUCAGCUUUCACAACAUCGUAGAAGAAACCAAAAAUUUCCACAAAGACUUUUUAAUCGGAGAAGGGGAAAUUUUUGAGGUAUACAGAGUGGAAAUCCAAAACCGAACAUAUGCCAUUAAAUUAUUUAAACAGGGGAAAAAGAUGCAGUGUAAGAAACAAUGGAAGAGGUUUUUGUCUGAGCUUGAAGUUUUACUAUUGUUCCGUCAUCCGAACAUACUGGAGUUGGCUGCAUAUUUUACAGAGAGUGAGAAGUUUUGCCUGGUUUAUCCAUAUAUGAGAAAUGGAUCACUUUUUGACAGAUUACAGUGUGUGGGUAACACAGCCCCACUCUCUUGGCACAUUCGAAUCAGUGUAUUAAUAGGAACAUGUAAAGCCAUCCAGUACUUGCACAACACAGAACCGUGCUCCGUCAUCUGUGGCAGUAUAUCCAGUGCAAACAUACUUCUGGAUGAUCAGUUUCAACCCAAACUAACUGAUUUUGCCAUGGCCCACUUCCGACCUCACCUAGAACCUCAAAGCUCUGCCAUAAGCAUGACCAGCAGCAGCAGUAAGCAUGUGUGGUACAUGCCAGAAGAAUAUAUCAGACAAGGCAAACUUUCCAUUAAAACAGACGUCUACAGCUUUGGAAUUGUAAUAAUGGAAGUUCUGACAGGUUGUAAAGUGGUGCUAGCUGAGCCAAAGCAUAUCCAGCUGCGGGAUCUUCUUGUCGAGCUGAUGGAGAGAAGAGGCCUCGACUCAUGUAUCUCCUUUCUGGAUAAGAAAGUGCCUCCCUGCCCACGGAACGUUUCCGCCAAGCUGUUCUCCUUGGCAGGUCUCUGUGCUGCAACACGGGCAAAAUCAAGACCAUCGAUGGACGAAGUCCUAAAUAUUCUUGAAAGUACUCAAGCCAGCUUGUAUUUUGUGGAAGACCCUCCCACAUCCCUCAAGUCCUUCAGAAGUCCUUCUCCUCUGUUCUUUGAUAAUGUGCCGAGCAUCCCAGUGGAAGAUGAUGAAAACCAGAAUAAUCCAUCGCCACCUCAUGGUCAAAGUUUGAGAAAAGACAGAAUGACUCAGAAGACUCCCUUUGAAUGCAGCCAGUCUGAGGUCACAUUCCUGGGCUUUGACAAAAAGACGGGGGGUGGGGGGAAUGAGGACACUCCCAACGGGUCUGGGCCUCCUUGGGAGGAAAGCUGGUCUCCAAAGUGUGCAGCUCCAUCCCCGGACUUGACGGCCCCCGGUGUGCAUACGGACCCUUCUGCAGAAGCUCCAGGCCAUUCCUAUAGGAGCAGGCCAGUGGAGACCAGCUGUUCCUCCGUAUUUUCCUGGAAUGAAUGCGAACAGUACAGAAAGGCAUCAGUUUCUGCUGAGGAUAAAGAAGAAAGCAAGAAUUGCUGAGGCAUUGAGUAAGGUCUCAUCUGGGGAAGCCACUGUCUUCAUCCUUAGUGCUGCAGGAUAAGGGAUGAUACAUGUGGCUGAUGCCCAUCAACAGUGUGACCGAUCCCAUUCCAUUCCUUCCCUUCCAACUUGUAGAACAGAGUGGCUUAAAAGUUUGUUUUAGUAGGAUCAUUGCCUCAUGAGCCAACCUGGGCUAAAUUAAAACCAUUCAGAAUUACUUAAGACCGUGGACUCCGACUUCAGACAAACAGAGUGGUCAAAACCUGCUAGAAAGGAACUGGAUUACAGUGUCUUCUCUGUCAACAUCCAUGUGGGUCCUCAGCGCCUCCGAUCUGCCUCCAAGUAUGUUCAGCUCAGUUGGAUUCCAUUGCUUUGGUUUAGCCUGCUUGCAGAGGUUGCAGGAAAUGUCUAAUUGCAAAUGUUAAUAGAAAUCUUUUUAAAGAAUUGCCUUUUUGCUUAUUUCGAUUGACUCUUAGUAUGUUUCUUUCAUCCCUGUCAAGUCUGCGUAUGUGACGAUGAACCAGUUUCGCCCUUGGUCAUUACAUGCCCAAGAUCUGUAUUUCUGUAUUUAAACUCUUAGUUUAUUCAUUUCAAUGUAUGACAAAAACCACUGCAAUGUUGUAAAGUAAUUAGCCUCCAACUAAUAAAAAUAAAUGAAAAAAAUUAAAAAAAUUAAAAAAAAAAAAAACAUUUUGGAGCUAUCCAGAGAAAUUUGAGUAUGGACUAGGUAUUAGAAAAGUGAAAAUUUAAUCAUAUUGAAAGGUAAAUAAAAUGUUACUAGUGGUUAAAAAAAAGUUUAUUUCAUAUAAUAUAGUUGUUGACUAGUAUUAUAAUUUUUUACUACUUAGAGACUAUUAUAUCCUGAGUAGACUAUGACAUUGUAAUCAAAUAAUUCUUGUUCCGAAGAAACUGGCUGGUCAUAAAGGCCUCAGUUAGCUUUUUGUCUGAUUCCAACUCUAUGCCUUUACUCCUAGUGUUUACUAGAUCUCUCCCUUUUGAACUUCUAGCCAAUCUUUCAGUUCCCACCAUAAUUGCCUCCUCCAGGAAGCUUUCCUAAUCUUUCCAGCCAAUAUUGCUUACUUUAUCAGCAUUUCCAUAGCAAUUUCUCUUUUUUUUCCCCCAUUUUUAAAGAUUUUUUAUUGAAGUAUUGUUGAUUUACAAUGCUAGCUUCUGG